AACUGAUUGUGCCUGUGGUGUUGCUCCAGGACAGCAGGGGGCGCUAUUUGUGAGACACCACUCUGUAGAGCUGCCACUUCUACAGACAACUAGCCUGUUAGCUAACAACAACAGAACAUCCCGGCCGAGUAUCGUUAUAAAUUAAUUCAAAAUAAAGGGGGAAAACACCUUUCAUUUGGUGUGUACUGAUGCAGAUGGACCUCAGUGCUGAACAUUGACGUGUGAAAGUCACAGAAUUCUCCUCCUCACCCUCUUUCCCCCAACACCUUCUGUCACGCUGGCAAUGUCAAGAGUCCCGAGUCCCCCACCCCCUGCGGAAAUGUCCAGCGGGCCCGUGGCCGAGAGCUGGUGCUACACACAGAUCAAAGUGGUAAAGUUCUCAUACAUGUGGACCAUCAACAAUUUCAGCUUCUGUCGCGAGGAGAUGGGCGAGGUCAUCAAGAGCUCCACCUUCUCUUCUGGGGCCAAUGACAAGUUAAAGUGGUGUUUGCGGGUGAAUCCAAAGGGCCUGGAUGAGGAGAGCAAAGAUUACCUGUCUCUCUACCUGCUGCUGGUCAGCUGUCCAAAGGCUGAGGUGCGUGCCAAGUUCAAGUUCUCUAUCCUCAACGCCAAGGGGGAGGAGACCAAAGCCAUGGAAAGCCAGAGGGCGUAUCGCUUUGUCCAGGGGAAAGACUGGGGCUUUAAAAAGUUCAUCCGGAGGGAUUUCCUGUUAGAUGAGGCGAACGGCCUCCUACCUGAUGACAAACUCACGCUGUUCUGUGAGGUGAGCGUGGUGCAGGACUCAGUCAACAUAUCUGGGCAGAACACCAUGAACAUGGUGAAGGUGCCUGACUGCCGGCUAGCAGAUGAGCUGGGUGGCCUGUGGGAGAACUCGCGCUUCACAGAUUGUUCAUUGUGUGUGGCUGGUCAGGAGUUUCAAGCCCACAAAGCCAUCCUGGCAGCACGCUCCCCUGUAUUCAGCGCCAUGUUUGAGCACGAGAUGGAGGAGAGCAAAAAGAACCGUGUGGAGAUCAACGACGUGGAGCCGGAGGUUUUCAAAGAGAUGAUGUGCUUCAUUUACACAGACAAGGCUCCAAACCUGGACAAGAUGGCUGACGACUUGCUAGCAGCAGCUGACAAGUAUGCUCUGGAGAGACUGAAGGUCAUGUGCGAGGACGCGCUUUGCACCAGUUUGUCUGUGGAGAACGCUGCUGAGAUCCUCAUCUUGGCCGACCUGCACAGCGCCGACCAGCUCAAAACACAGGCUGUCGACUUCAUCAACUACCAUGCUGCGGAGGUGAUGGAAACAGCUGGUUGGAAAUCCAUGGUAGCUUCUCACCCACACCUGGUGGCUGAGGCUUACCGCUCCCUGGCUUCAGCCCAGUGCCCUUUCCUCGGACCUCCACGCAAGCGCCUCAAACAAUCCUAACAGCCCACACGGGGGCAUUCAAACACACAGGCAUACACACGAAAACACCAACCUCCCUCCCCAAACACAGGGACAACCUUUUCCCAUGCUGUUACCUACUACACUACCUACAGCCUCCCCCAAAUCUCCCCCUUCUGCCCAGUCCAAACCUGCUGUACUUAGUCUCUUCUAAAGAUGGAGGGAAGGAGGAUUAGGAAGAAGAGGACAUGGAGAUGAAAAACAGGGACAGGUGGGCUUUUGAAGUGGAUGUUUGUUGUUUACAAAAGAACCACAUCCCCCGUUCCCCUUUUCUCCUUGGCUAUGGCUUAGUGAGAUCGGACCUUGUGCUCCUGUUCCGUGUAUGAACACGAAAUCCUUCGACAUCCUGCCAGUUCCUACUUUGGAAUCCGUUCGGGAAGAAGAAAUGGACACAACCACCCAGUAAGAGGCCGGUUUAGGACGGUUGCGGGUAAACAAAGUCUUUACUGUCUAUUUGAAGGGAUAGCGUUGCUCUUCUCGCAGUGCUUGGAGCAGAGCAGCCAGAGAAGCCCCAAACUAAAGGACACAUGCUGAAGAAAUGAAACGACGAACUGGACCUAAUAGUUACAAACUAGAAGGCUCGAGAAAGGCAACCAAGGGCUAGUCAAAAAAGCAGAUAUUGGACAAAGUCAUCAAAAUUAUUUUCCCAAAGAAGGCUGGGAAAACAUUGCACUAUAGUCACAGGUCACCCCGUCAACUCCGACCAGCAGUGAAGUAGAAAUACUGUAGGCAAGCACACACUGAAACGAGCUUCAUGGACUAAAGUCCCAGCUGGACCACCAACAAGUUCCCUUUAAGACGAUUUAUCUGCAAGUGACAACACACCAUGUACUCCCAUGUAGAGCUCUUCAAGCGUCAUUAUGCGUCCGUUUUGAAUCUUUAAACUAGCUGGAAAUGAAAUCAUACACGAUUCAGAGAAUAGCAACGCACAACUGGAUGUCCUGCUUGGAGCAAAACGAUUUUGUGCGCGGCUCGGUCUUUUAGCCCUUGAGAGAAAAGAAAUCUAAGGGAUCAAUGGCCUACAAGAUACCGGUUACAAAAGAAUAUUAGGAAUCAAUCAGGCAUGUUAAUGUUCUUAAAUGAUGGAUUUCUUAUUUGUUUUAUUUUUCUUCAGAACUGUCAUUUCUAUUUUUUUCAUAGGAAUUUGUACAGGCACUAGUGUUUUUGAAGCUGUGUAAAGGAAAGCAUUUCCAAGCGUGACGCUGAGGACGGUGGACAGAUGUUUUCUUUGCAGGCGUGAAGACUGAGGGGAAAUAAAACUGAAAUGAACACGUUUUAAUGUUCAGAAAAGGCUGAAUGUGGACGAAAUGCACAUCGAGGCCGACCACACGAAAUGCAUUUAACGUUAUCAUUUGAACCUGGUAGGAAAUGGUAAAUGAUAGAUGGGAACCGUUGUUGUUUCUUUCCUGUACAGUAGACAUCGCUGGAUAUGAGAAGUGACACUUAGUUGUUGCCAUUUUUUUGUUCCCAAAAGAAUAAACCACAACUAUUUUGUAUUGAA